AUGAUUCAAAUUUCGUCGUCCAAGUACAUGCCUGAAUUUGGAAUGGAUGACACUAGUUUGUUUCAAGCAAUUGAUUCAUUUGUAUUUGACUUUGAUGAUAUUCCACAUUUCAACUCUUUCUCAGCACCCACACCUGAGAGCACUAAUUCCUCUCACAGUAAUAAGAGAUUUCAUUCUGAAAGCACACAAAACAACUCUUUCCCCGUUGAAAGUCCUGAUCAAUCUGUUGCCUCUUCAUCUUCCAAAAUCAUUUCUUUUGAUAACAUAGAUGCAAAGGUUAAGAAGCCGAAAACCGAGUCGGGGUAUGGUGAAAACUUGAAUUUUGGAAGUGAGUAUGAUAAACAAGAGAACAAGGCUGCGACAAUGACAACGAUAACCAACAGAAACCCGACCCAAGCACGAGAUCACGUAAUUGCUGAAAGAAAACGAAGGCAAAAGCUUAACCAGAAAUUAAUUACUCUUUCAUCCAUUCUUCCAGGUCUCAAAAAGAUGGACAAGGCAACUAUUUUGGAAGAUGCUAUAACUCAUCUAAACCAAUUAAAAGAAAGAGUAAAGAGUUUAGAGGAACAAGUUGCUGAUAGAAGAGUUGAAACUGCAGUCUAUGCGAAGAGAUCUAUUCUCUUCUCCGAUGAUGAUUGCGAAGAAAACUCAGACCAAUCACUCCCAAAAAUCGAAGCAAGAGUAUCUGGAAAAGACAUGCUUAUCAGAAUCCACUGUGACAAACACAGCGGCCGAAUUCCGACCGCAAUACUCAACAAACUCGAAAAACAGCAUCUCACAAUUCAGAGUAGUUCCGUUUUACCAUUUGGAAGUAACUAUAUUGACAUAACCGUUGUUGCUCAUAUGAAUAACGAAUAUUGCUCGACAAUAAAAGAUCUCAUAAGUAGCAUAAGUCAGGUUUUGAAACAGGUCGUUUGA